UAGAUUUCUUAGAGCACCACAGAGAUAUCCGCACGGUGACGAAUAGAGCUCACAUAUUUAAGGAGAUGGCGCUGCGUGCUUGUGGCUUCAUAGUGUUUCGUCGUCUGGCCGGUUGUAUCCCUCCACCAGACAACAUCGAGUACCUCCUCUUGCAGACCUCUUAUGGGAAGCACCACUGGACCCCACCCAAAGGUCACGUGGAUCCAGGAGAGGACGACCUCACCACAGCUCUGAGAGAGACCAAGGAGGAGGCGGGGCUGGGGGCGGAGCAAUUGCAGGUGAUUGACGGCUUUGUGCAGGAGCUGUGCUACGAGGUGCAAGGCAGACCCAAAGAGGUGCUGUACUGGCUGGCCGAGCUGAGAGACCCAGGAACAGCGGUGGCUUUGUCUGACGAGCACCAGGACUACCGUUGGGCCCGGCUGGAGGACGCUUGCACUUUGGCUCAGUACAAAGACCUGCAGGACACACUGAGAGCGGCACACAGACACCUGGAGGUUCAGCGGGACAAGCAGCGAUGAACCAGGACGUACACUGCAGAAGGGAAAGCUGGCAUGUUGGUAGAGCACCCAAUUUACAAUUUAUGUGGUUGAUGAUAUGUCUCUGUGAGGUUCAAAUAGCGUUGAGUUAAACACUUUGUCCGUACGAUACUGCAUGAUUUAAGGCUGAAUAGAUUACCUUCUGUCAAGACAAAGGUGAGUAGGGAGGAAAAGAAUGAAUGCUUGAAAAACCGAUUACUGAUUUGAUCUUAGCUACACAAAACCAAAAACAUUUUCUGUCUUUGGAAGCCAUGUGUUACGAGGUUAGAUAUAUACAUAUCUUAAAUGUAAAUAAGCUAAAACACAAAAGAAAAAGAAAAUCAUGGAGAUGGACACCCACUUAAUAUUCCCUGGUACUCGGUGGAGCAGUGUAAACCUGAGGAGAAUGAUUUGAAUCCAUCUGUAGUUAGAAUUAAAUGUGUUGAAAAUAAAUAGAACAUUUUUUUGUGUA